AUGACGACCAUGUCGAAAUCCUGCAUGCGUUGGCCUUUUCUUUUCCUGCUCUUAUUAUGUUGUGUCUCCCCUUCAAGAAGCUUCGUCUACAGUGUUGAAAGUCAUGAUGUUGUUGGUCUUGGUGCUUGUCGUCCCGACCAGAUUCAAGCCCUUACGCAGUUCAAGAACGAGUUUGAUACUCGCCGUUGCAACCAUAGUGACUCCUCUAAUGAAGGAGUCAUGUGCGAUAACUCGACGGGUGCCAUCACGCAGCUAAAGAUCAAAGCCUGUCUCAGUGGAACUCUGAUGCCCAACAGUAGCCUCUUCAAGUUGCAUCAUCUUCGUUACCUCGAUCUCUCAGAAAACAAGUUCACCCCCUCUUCACUUCCUUCUGAAUUUGGCAAUCUCAAGAGGUUAGAGUUCUUGAUUCUCUCCUCUAAUGGCUUCCUCGGCCAAGUUCCUUCUUCAAUACGUAACCUACCAAAACUAACCCACUUAAAGCUUUCUUACAACAAGCUCACUGGUGAUUUAGCCCUACUUGUAAAGAACCUAACGGAGCUUUCAGAUUUAGACCUUUCUUAUAACCAAUUCUCUGGAACCAUACCUUCUUCUCUCCUCACCAUGCCUUUCUUGUCUUAUCUUGAUCUGAGUGGGAAUCAUCUCACUGGCUCAUUUGAAAUCCCCGAUUAUUCUUCGUCUAAGCUCGAGUCUUUAUACCUUGGGAAUAACUUUCUUGAAGCAGAGAUUAUAGAUCAUGUUUUAAAGUUUGUCAACCUCAAGUCUCUCAGCCUCUCUUUCCUAAACACAAGCCAACCCAUUGACCUAACACUCUUUUCUUCUCUAAAAUCUUUGUCAUACCUUGCUCUUUACGGCAACAGUUUAACACCAGCGAGUGUGAAUUCAGACAUCGAUUUCCCAAAGAACAUGAAGACCUUGCUCUUCUCGGGAUGCAACAUUAGUGACUUCCCUAUAUUCUUGAAAUCCCUACACAAGUUAGAGUUUUUAGAUCUUUCCAACAACAGAAUCAUAGGGAACGUUCCUGAUUGGUUAUGGAGUCUUCCUCAUUUGAGCUCGCUGGAUCUUCACAACAAUUCUUUCACUGGCUUCGAAGGUUCAUUGGAUCAUGUUUUGGUCAAUUCCUCGGUACAGAUACUAGAAUUGGCUUUAAACUCUUUCAGAGAAUCGCUCCCUAAUCCACCACUCUCUCUCAUAAGCUUGUCUGUUUGGAACAAUAGUUUUACAGGAGACAUUCCUCUAUCAAUCUGUAACCGAACCUUUCUCGACGUUCUUGAUCUGUCCUACAACACCUUCACCGGCUCAAUUCCUCCAUGUAUAAGUAACUUCACCACAGUGAAUCUCCGGAAAAACAAGUUGGAAGGAAACAUUCCAGACAAGUUCUAUAGCGGCGCUUCUACGCAGACACUCGACUUUGGAUUCAAUAGACUAACCGGGAAGCUUCCGAGAUCUCUCAAGAACUGCUCUCACCUAAAGUUUCUAAGUGUGGAUCACAACAGAAUCAAUGACUCGUUUCCCUUGUGGCUCAAGACAUUGCCCAAUUUGAAAGUCCUUACUCUUCGUGCAAACAGAUUCCAUGGUCCUAUAUCUCCACCUGGUAAUCAAGGCCCUCUUGCAUUUCCGGAGCUCCGGAUUCUUGAGAUAGCGGACAACAGAUUUACCGGAAGCUUACCAAGAAACUACUUUGCGAAUUGGAAUGCGACAUCACUCAAGAGGAAUGAUGAAGAAAAGAGUCUGUAUAUGGGAGAUGAUAUGUAUGGUGAUCGUUUUAUCUAUGAAUACACUUUGGAUUUGCAAUACAAAGGCCUAUACAUGGAGCAAGGAAAGCUUCUUACUUUCUACGCGGCCAUUGAUUUCUCUGGAAACAAACUCCAAGGAGAGAUUCCAGAAUCUAUUGGUUUCUCCAAGACAUUGAUUGCUCUCAACUUAUCAAACAACGCAUUCAAAGGACGUAUCCCGAUGUCUAUCGCCAAUCUGACUGAGCUCGAGUCGUUAGACCUGUCAGGGAACAAACUCUCCGGGGAAAUUCCUACAGAACUCGGGAGACUAUCCUAUUUGGCGUACAUAGAUGUCUCUGAUAAUCAGCUCACUGGCGAGAUACCACAAGGGACACAAAUCAUAACUCAGCCUAAAUCCUCGUUUGAAGGGAAUCCAGGGUUAUGUGGUCUUCCUCUGGAAGAAAGCUGCCUAAGCUCAAACACACAAGAUCCCAAGCAAGAAGAAGAAGAAGAAGAAGAAGAAGAAGAAGAAGAAGAAGAAGAAGAAAUAUUGAAGUGGAAAGGAGUGGUAAUAGCGUAUGGGCCUGGAGUUUUGCUUGGAAUAGCAAUUGGACAUGUUGUUGCUUUGUACAAGCCUGAGUGGUUCAUCAAGAAGUAUGAACAGAAUAGGGUCAGAGGCAUAAGACGUCGUCUUUAG